AUGGCUGUGGGCGGCCGGCAGCGGAAGAGCUUGACGCAGCAACAUUCGACACGUGAGAGGCUCGCGUGUGUCGGAGAGAAAGUUCUCGCGCUGGCUGUGACAUCUGCCUUGUUCAAUCAACGACCGAUCCUCAAUGUGUCGACUUUGGAGACUCAAAUCGGUGAUACCCUUUCAGACUCCAAAACCGAUGACUGGGUCACUGCGUACAAGAUGCGAGACAAGAUGCGCUGUUCGCCUGAUGCUCGCGACUCACUCACGGAACCUAAAGUCGAGACGCUCCUUCUCUUUCAUAGUCAUCUGGUAGACGACAAUUUCGAAGACGUCGCACCGGGGCCACCCACACAGCCGGGACAACAAUCUCGAAACAUUAUACUGCUGAACAACAUGAAGCGCAUGAAAAUUGAGCCUUCUCCAUCUCAGAAGCUUAAUCAUAUCGAGCCUCCCUUCUCAACACCCCCUCCGCCGCCGCCACAGGCGCCUCCGCCGAUUCCAAUGGCACCGCCAAUGUCAAACGGACCCUACCUUCAGGCCGCCCCGACUUAUUUCCAGCCCAACCCAAUCACUCCAGCGCAACCCACGGCCGCCUUCCUCCCUGCAUUCAAUCAGCUUGCCGCCCAGAGAAAGCACUCGGUAGAGUGGCAAGCUCAAUCGACAGGACCAUCGCACGCGCCUGCGUGGACUGUCAACUGUUUGGGUGAGUGA